AUGGAAGAACGUUGAGCUGGAAACAUGGAAGAGGCACGCAGCAGGCUAACCAAAAUAUUGAAAGGUCAGAAAAUAAGCUGCAUGGAUAAGGCACGUGAAUUGGUGGCUAAAAACUGCAGCAGUUGGCAGAAAAUGCAAAAGUUUGCAAAAUGGAUCAAAGUCCUAUUGCUAGCCAUUGCCGUUCUAUAUGCACUAUAUUUUUACUACGAGGAGCUCCAAAGUCAACGCUGUGCUCUGACCCUGCCACGCCCCCUGCGUUAUGCAAUGCGCCCGCCGGAGCGUUGCGACUUCUGCGCAAAGAUCAACGAAGUGCCACGCCUUCGAGACAUUAGUCCCGCCGACUUCGAGGCCAAGUAUGCGUACAGUGGCGCGCCCAUCAUUGUCAGCGAUGCUACACAAAAUUGGACAGCUCCGACACUUUUCAACUACUGGUAUUUUCGCAAUGUGUAUCACAAAGCUAAGCACAAGGAGCGGAUACGUGACUGUCAGUUUCUGCCAUAUAAAACGGGGUUCCGCGACAUUUACGAGGCACUGGACAUGUCUGUGGAGCGAGUCGAGUUAAAGGAGGGCUCGUCGCCCUGGUACUUUGGCUGGAGCAACUGUCAUGCCGAAACGGCUGAGGAGUUUCGGCGCCACUAUGGCAGACCCUACUUCCUGCCUGAGAGCUCUGAAAACAAUGCAGUGGAUUGGUUCUUCAUUGGCACUGCCGGACUGGGUGCUCAAAUGCAUAUUGACAAUGUUCGGUUGCCAUCAUGGCAAGCCCAGCUAGCGGGCAGUAAACGCUGGCUCUUGGUACCACCCCCAGAAUGCUACUUUCGUUGCAGGAGACUUGAUGUUGUUGUACAACAGGGCGAUAUCAUUGUCUUGGACACAAACAAGUGGUAUCAUCAAACAUUUGUGCAGCCUGGCGUCGUGAGUCUGACGAUUGGCGCGGAAUAUGACUAA